CAAGCUUGACGUUCACUUGUCCGGAAAUUCGGCUUUGAAAUCUUUAUUCACUUCGAUUUUUCCGAACUUCACACAUCAAGAUGGGUCUUUGUAAGUGCCCCAAAAGAAAGGUUACUAACCUUUUUUGCUUUGAACACCGAGUCAACGUCUGUGAACACUGUAUGGUCGCAAAUCAUCCAAAGUGUAUUGUGAAGUCAUAUCUCCAGUGGCUACAAGAUAGUGAUUACAGUACAAAGUGUUCAUUGUGUGAUAAUGAAUUGGCAGAUGGAGAUGUGGUUAGAUUGUUAUGUUAUGAUGUGUUCCACUGGGAAUGCUUGGAUGCCUACGCGAGGAACUUCCCUCCCAACACUGCACCAGCAGGCUACACAUGUCCGACCUGUAACGUUAGUAUUUUCCCAAGCCCUAACAUGAUAUCACCUGUCGCUGAGACACUCCGGAAAUAUCUAGCAACGGUCAACUGGGCAAGAGCAGGAUUAGGCCUGUCAUUGAUUGAAGAGCCUAAGAAAGACAUCCCAGCCUCCACACAAUCUUCGUUACCAGCAGCAACUCAGUCCUUUGAUUCCAUACCAGCAACUUCACCAACUGCAAUAGCUGUAGUCUCUCCCCAGCAGGCUGCACCUGCCCCUGUCUCAAGAGGGAGCUAUGGUCAGACGACGAGACCGCAGCCGAGGCAACCAGCAGCCCUAGGGGUAGGGUCGACUGGGACGGCAGCAGCGGAGAGUGUUGGGCCACAUACCAGGUCGGACAAGCAGUUCGCAAGUGGUAGUGGAGCUGAGCACAGGGUAUAUGAUACAAGGAAGGAGGAAAUGAUUGUAGACAUCGUUCAAGAUCAUGACAAAGACAAGUACAAGAGGAGGAGUGCUCUUCAUUGGUUUGCAAGAUGGUUCAAAUCAAGAACAAGCAGUAGGAAACCAGUCGACUCCAACGCCCAGAUCAAGAGGAUCGCCGUGCUGCUCCUCAUCUGUCUUCUUGCCUUCUUCACUUUCGUCAUCAUCAUGACGUCGGUCGGCAGAGCAUCGGCGAAUUCCGACCCUCUACUCGACCCCAUGAACAACCCCAACAUCAGGAUCGGGAGAAGAAUAUAAGAAAAUUUUGCAAAGUGAGGAUGAUGAGAGAAAAGACUCUUUCCAAAGUCACAUUAAGGGAUCAACCUGACAUCUUUAAGUCAUUUUUUUGUCUGCGAAGCUGUGACCAAUGCAAACAUUGUGUUUAUAUUUAAAGCAUUUAUCAUAUUCUAGCUUUGACCUUCGGCAUCAACUUGAUUGAGAUCUUGCGGGCCAGUGCAGUCAUGUACAGAUAUAACAUUUGUAAUAAACUAGAGGCCUGUGAAUUUAAUGAUAAAUCAUGGUUUAUUCAGCUGUUAUUGACUUACUAUGCUUAACUUUGGUGAAGGACAAAGUCAAAACUUAGAGAUACAAGCCAUCUACGGGAAUAUGGUGGAUCAUCAUUUUUGAAACUGUGUGGCAAGGAAUAAAGGGACUUCUUGACUUUGCCACACCCAAAGAUAUAUAAUCAGCCGUAACAACCCAGAGUGGAAGUUACGGUGACAGUAUGUGUGUGCGCAAGCAAAGAAGCAGACACUUGUGUGAAGGUGGAGACAUACUCACUAAAUAGAAGGAAAGCACUUGGUGAUGAAUGUCGGCUUCACAGCUUCACCUUUUACAGGGCAUUGGUGGCCGUCAUGGCAACGAGACUCCUACCCAGCUGAUAAAAGAUAAGAGAUUAUGGCUGUCUCUGUAUACAAACGAUGAAUUGAAUUGGUUUUUGAUGUAUAAAACAUCUCAUUUUCAGUGCAAAUCAUACUCUGUAAAUAUCCUUAUGCUUGUUAAGUUUCCAUGGUAUUGCCUGCAUGUUGUACUGUGCAUAUACCUAGAGAC